CAUGUGUUAGUUGAUAAGAUGCCCAUUUUCCAGUAGAUGAGCAGUAACCAGAGAGGAGAGGAGGAGUUGGGUUUGAGCACCACAACCUGGGUGACGUUCUCAGUAACCUACGAUGCCGGUUAAAUACGGACACGUGGAGAAGAUGAGCUCAAACUUUGGCACUUUGGAAGUUCAUCCCUCAUCUUAACGCCUUUAAGCGUCGUAGCGCGCAGUGAAAAGGCCGAAAAGAUCCCCACCGACACUCAGUGACAGUUUUUCAGACCUGGACGCUUUAUAAUUUUGCAGCGUGACUCUACCGGGAGCUGCGAGCCUAAUCACGGCUCAGCCUACAUGCUCGCUAACGAGCAGCGAGUGGUGAGCGCGUUAUCACUUUAUCAAUGGCCGCUAAACUGGGGACGGACAGUCAGCUGCAGCAGCACAGUGAGCUCGGCGCUGUGGAGGGAACAGACGCGCAGAGGACGCCGAGAGCGCAAAGAGCGCCCGUGCGCAGCCCGAAAUGCGCGCGCUGCCGGAACCACGGCGUCGUGUCGCGUCUCAAGGGCCACAAGCGCGCGUGCCGCUGGCGGGAGUGCCGCUGCGCGAGCUGCGUGCUGGUGCUCGAGAGGCAGCGCGUGAUGGCCGCGCAGGUCGCGCUCCGCAGACAGCAGGCCGGAGAGAGUAAGAAAACUCAGAGAAGUGCUCCUUUCCUGAGACGCCAAACCUGCCAGCGCUACACCAGAACACCUAGUCUCCUGGCCAAGAGUAUACUAGAGGGAUGUAAAUCACCAGCGUCAGAGGACUGGCAGACGAGACUCCACUAUCCUCCACUUAGUGUUAAGAUGAGGAAAAGGAGGGCUUUUGCUGAUAAAGAGCUGGAGAGUGUCAUGCUGGAGCGAGAGCUCAGACAGAGAGAGAUGGAAGAGGUGCGUAGAAUUGUCCUCCUCCAGGCCGCUGUGUCUCCACGUCCCUCACCUUGCUUCUGUCCGCUGUCUGAUACAGGCGUGCCAGGCUACAUGCCCGUGUAUAAGUCCAGUCCACUGGGGUUUGAUUGUGAUCUCCACUGCCACACACAGGAGUUCAAAACCAGGGCUGUAGAGCAUUGUCCUAGGGAAAUCCUCACAACACCGAAUUUUUCUCCAUCCCUAAAAUCAUGGGACGCCUGCAGUGGGACAGAGUUGUGUCUGGAAUCUGUUCCUCUGCCCUCAUUUCAAAGCUCACACUAUUACUGUUGCAAAAGUGGAGGAAAUACAGAGGCAGAAAGAGUCUCGGCUGACUCGUCUCACAGCACGCCGCAGAGUGCUGCUGCUGCUGACAGACUGAAUGUGACGUCAAAGCGAGACAGCACUCUUUUUCUGACCGAGGCAAAGGUGCUGUCACAGACUGAGCAGCCAGAAAAACACUGCAGGGCAUCAGGGCUUGAAUCACUCACACACAAGGACUGGGCCACUAAACCCAACUCAAUCAAGAAUGGGAGGCCCUUACCUUUUUCUGUUGAGGCUUUGCUGAUGAGAUGAUAAGAAGUAUUCUCUGUAGAAUCUUGGUUUUAUAGAUUUACUGAUUUAUAAUUUUUUUUCAGAUUUUGUUUUGAUAGAGGAAACCAUGCUGCAGGUGUUACUCUGAAACUGAAUAAUUAAGUUUAAUACAUCCUAAUAAUAUGCCUUGGGUUGUAUAUUGUGUGCUAGUUAAUUCUAAGUAUAUUUUUAUUUUUAUUUAUUUUAUUGUUAGUCAUGUAUUCAUACAACAGCCUCUACGUUUACACCUAAGCUUUAUUUUUCCCUGAUUAUAUAAUAACCAUAUAUUUGUACUGGCUUAUAAAGAUACAUAAAAGUACUAGUUUAUAUGGUUUUGAUUUAAGUUAAUGCACAGAGGAUGGAAUACCAUUAAGGCACAUGUACAUCAUUCAGUGAAAUGCAUAAUGUUCAUCUUUAUGCAUUUAAACAGAAGGAGUAUCAUUUUAAUGGUGUGUGAUUAAAAAAUUUUUGUCAAAAAAAAGUCCCUGGAAUUUUACAGAUAUGACAAAUUAAAAAAAAAAAAAAGCCCUGAGCUAUCAUUACCAAGAGAAUAUUUAAUAUGGCAGAUUUGAUAUUAAUAAAACAAGAUGGUUUGUGUAUAGAUAUGUAUAGAUUUUCUUUAACAAUAUUAAUAAUGUUGUCUAUUUCUUUAACAAAAUAAACCUGUGAAUUGUCUUACA